CUCCUUGAGUCCUCUUUUGUGAGAGUUUAUGUGGUCGGGUCGGCAAAAUUUUCAGGUAGAAAAGGGCAUACAGAAGAUUUUCUGAUCAGCCCGACCCGUAGAAGCUUCUUUGUUGGCCGUGUAAAUUGGUGUCACACGCGGCCAGCAGAUGAAGAAGAUACAUUUAUUAGACCCAGAAGCAAAGCCAAAGCUUUGAUAACGAAAAGAGGUCAAAGAAAAUCACCAACGAAAAGCCCUAAAAUUUCACCACAAAGGGAAGGCCUUACCUUACCAAUCUCGUCUUCAACGCCAUCACUCCCUGAGCCACUACCUCAUGUUAGAACAGUGGCGCCUUUCGCCUCAAAUAAACCUAAACAUAGGUUAUCGAAGCAACUAUCAAUGCGUGAGACACCACGAGAUGUUGCUUGGGAGAAAAGGCGCCGUCAGAUGUUGAAGAUUCAAGAGAAGAAGCACAAAGGCGUCUCUGACAACGAAUACGAUCCGACGGAUCUAACAGAUGAAGACUUAAGAGAGCUCAAAGGAUCGAUCGAGUUAGGGUUUGGUUUCAAGGAAGAAGCCGGACUGAAGCUGUGCAACACAUUACCAGCAUUAGAUCUUUACUUUGCUGUGAAUAGGCAGCUUUCACCACUACCUUCACCUAGUAGCAGCCGUAGCAGCAACGGAGGAGAUGGCUCCUUGUCUUCUACUUCUACUUCCUCAAGCAGCAUACCUUGUAGCCCCAAAACCGACUCGGAUUCAUUAAAGAUCUUAUGCCUUGGACAGAGAAAGAAUCCUACUAAGUAG